AUGGAAGCCCCUGAAUACCUUGAUUUGGAUGAAAUUGACUUCAGUGAUGACAUUUCUUAUUCAGUCACAUCUCUCAAGACCAUCCCAGAACUGUGCAGAAGAUGUGAUUCACAAAACGAAGACAGAUCAGUUUCUAGCUCUAGCUGGAAUUGUGGUGUCUCAACUCUCAUUACAAACCCACAAAAGCCCACUGGAAUCGCUGAUGUAUACAGCAAGUUCCGCCCAGUGAAGCGAGUUUCUCCACUGAAACAUCAGCCAGAGACUCUGGAAAACAAUGAAAAUGAUGACCAAAAGAACAGUACAGUAGAAUACCAGAAAGGGGGGGAGACUGACCAGGGCUCCCAGCCUGAGGAACUCAACCCUGAAGAUGGAGUCAGGGGCUUGCCAGGUAAGGGCUCUGAGCCCAGCCAGGCACUGGGUGAGCUGGAGCAUUAUGACCUUGACAUGGACGAAAUUCUGGAUGUGCCUUACAUUAAAUCCAGUCAACAGCUGGCCCCACUGACCAAGGUGACUUCUGAAAAAAGAAUUUUGGGUUUAUGCACAACCAUCAACGGCCUUUCUGGUAAAGCCUGCCCUAUUGGAAGCACUGAGAACUCCACAGUCAACAUGACUCCAUUUUGUGUUCUUUCCCCUGUGAAAAGCCCUCACUUAAGGAAAGCAUCGACUACCCUCCGGGACCAGAACAAGCUCUCCACAGAAGACUCUGAGAACUCCCCUGUUCUGGGUAAAUGUGUCCCUGCAUAUGAGUCAGAAAACCACAGUAAAGACUUCCUAAACAAGGCCUUUAGUGAUCCCCAUAGUCGAAAAAAGACCGGGCCAGACUGCAAGCUCAGGGCCUUCCACCUGCCAUCCUCAGCAGCAGGGGCCAAAGCAGAAGAGCAGGUCAAUGGCAUGAACUGGACCAAUGCCCAAGGCACAGAAGAAAGGAAUGAAUACCUGAAGAAAGUAAGAAGUAUAGUGAACAUUGUGAAAGAAGGCCAGAUAUCACUCUUGCCACACCUAGCUGCAGACAAUCUGGACAAAAUCCACGAUGAGAAUGGAAACAAUCUGUUACAUGUCGCAGCGUCCAAGGGGCACGCAGAGUGUCUACAGCACCUCACGUCUCUGAUGGGUGAAGACUGCCUCAAUGAAAGGAACACAGAGCAGCUGACUCCAGCUGGCCUGGCCAUCAAGAAUGGCCAGUUGGAAUGUGUACGCUGGAUGGUGAGUGAAACAGAAGCCAUUGCAGAACUGAGUUGUUCCAAGGACUUCCCAAGCCUUAUUCAUUAUGCAGGUUGCUAUGGGCAGGAGAAGAUACUCCUGUGGCUUCUUCAGUUCAUGCAAGAACAAGGCAUUUCACUGGAUGAAGUGGAUCAGGAAGGCAACAGCGCUGUUCAUGUUGCUUCACAGCAUGGCUACCUUGGAUGCAUACAG